GGAGAGGGAGUGGACGUGUUUUCAUCUUUCUGCUCCGAUGGGUAAUUCGCCUUCCGAACUUCCACAAUCUGUGCCUACAAAUUCUGACGAAGAAGAGGUGAAUCUGUACUUGAAGAUCAUCAAGACAACAGCCUUGAAAGCUAGGAGAGAUUCGACCGUGAAACAUAUCAAAGCAUCGAUUCAAGACAAGGAACAAAUCGAUGAACAUAGUCAGCUGCUUUUUUUCGGAGGAGAUCAUCUCGAAGAUGGAAAAAGACUAGUUGAUUAUGGCAUCCAGGGUGACUCCACGCUCCAUCUCAUCCUUCAGGACUCGACUAGGAUUAUAAUAAAGGUUGAGAUCUCAUUGACCCAGAAAAACUUGCUGGUCGAAGCGAGGCAACUAGAUACCAUUCAAAAUGUUAAAUUGAUGAUUCAAACCAAGGAAGGGAUACGGUCUGAUGACUUCGCUCUGGUAUUUGGUGGAAAGGUGCUUGCGGACGAUAGGACCCUUGCCUCACUCGACUUGCUGCCAAAGACCACAUUUCAUUUGGUUUUCCAUCCCAAAGAUGAUGUGUCAAUUAUUGUCGACAUGUCUAGUCGUAGAGUCACAUUAGGCGCUAAAUCUUGGUGCACUGUGCGUGAUGUCAAAGCCAUAGCUGGAGCAUUGAUGUCUGCGCAAGUCAUGACUUCGCAUAUGCUCUAUGAAGGAAAGCUUCUUGAGGAUCACAAGACAUUAGCUUGUUACAACAUUGCGGAUGGCUCUGUCUUACAAUUGGUGUCUCCUUGCUCCAUUUCAGAUAUUUGUCAAGAGCUCUAGUGGUGAGACUUUUGUUCUUCAGGUUUGCAGGUCUGACACAGUCAAGGAAUAGAAGGACAAGCUUCAUCAUAAGCUGCAGAUCUAUCUAUUCAGCAAAUAAAUAGAAGUUUUAUCUAUCAAUAUGUAUGGUCUUGGACCAUUAAUAAUGAUUUUUCUUUCGAGUUCGGUCACUUAAUAGAUCCACUUACUUCUAUUAUGUUAAUAUUAAUUACUACUGUUGGAAUUUUGGUUCUUUUUUAUAGUGACAAUUAUAUGUCUCA